AUGUCCGGAUCCUGCUGCGGCUCCACCUGCUCCUCCUCGGGCUGUGGAGGAGGUUGCUGCCAGCCCUGUUGUCAGCCCUGCUGCCAGCCCUGCUGCCAGCCUUGCUGCCAACCCUGCUGCCAGCCUUGCUGCCAACCCUGCUGCUGCCGCGACCCCUGCUGCUGCCGCCCUGUGUCCUGCCAGACCACCGUGUGCCGCCCCGUGACCUGCACCUGCCGCUGCACGCGCCCCAUCUGUGAGCCCUGCCGCCGCCCAGUCUGCUGUGACCCCUGCGGUGUGCAGGAGGGCUGCUGCCGCCCCAUCAGCUGCUGCCCCACGUCCUGCACGGCUGUGGUCUGCCGCCCCUGCUGCUGGGCCUCCACCUGCUGCCAGCCCAUCUCUGUGCAGGCGCCCUGCUGCCGCCCCCCCUGCUGCCAGCCUGCCCCCUGCCGCACCACCUGUAGGACCUCCCCUUGCUGCUGAGCAGUGCAUCAAUUACUGAUGGUCCCCAGUAGAAGAU